AUGGGCAGUUUCGAGGAAGGCGGCGUCUCGAAAGCUUCUGGGAUGUACAACACGCUGGACGGGCGCCUGAACAACCACGGGCAAGGGGGCUUACGGUCUUGGUUCCCAUUCCCACCCUUCAGGAACUCAAGAUACGCGCCAGUACAGGACGCCGAUGGGAACACAGACAAUGGAACAACGCUGGAAAUGGAACUCAGGAUCAAGGACACCACAAUAAGAAGGGAAGCCGUCUUGGAGGCACUAGGCGGUGAUGAAACAGAGUUCGUCUUUUACAGAGAUGAGAACGGCAAGCCCGGGGAAGAGAUAUCUGAGGAGGAGCUAGGUGAGCUCGACCUUCUGACGCCAGCAUGGACAACUAUGUCACAUCAUGCGACACAUUGCAUGUACUUGCUCCUUCAGGCAGCGGCAGCGUUGAACCUCGGAACCAAGGCGGAGAGGGCUGUGCAUGUGUGGCAGCACGCCGGGCAUUGUGCCAGCGUCAUAAUGAACCUCACAAAGACCGCGCCGGGAUGA